AUGGGGUCUAUCAGUACAAACUGGCGUGAGCUUGACAUUGCCGUCGUCGGGGGAGGAAUCGGUGGUCUUGCAACUGCAACUUCUCUUCGCAGAGCUGGACACAAGGUCACUAUCUAUGAGCGCGCGGAUUUUGCCGGAGAGGUUGGUGCUUCGAUCAGCUGUGCGGCAAAUGGAACGCGGUUCUUGGAGAAAUGGGGUGUCGACAUUCCCAUGGGACGACCUGUGGUACUGAAGAAGCUGAUUUCGCGGGAUUGGGCGACUGGAGAGGCAACGAACAUCUACGACUUGGCAGAUUAUAAGGAACGAUGGGGUGUCGUGUACAACAUGUUCCAUAGAGUAGACAUGCAUGCCAUGCUUAUGGACUCGGCUACGGCAUCUAAGUAUCCUGGCACUCCUGCUGUCCUGAAGGUCAACCACCGCGCAUCCGAGAUUGACCAUGAAGCUGGUACCAUUACGUUUGAAAACGGUGUACAAGCAACGCACGACCUGGUCAUUGGAGCCGAUGGAAUCGGUUCGCAAGUCCGGAGAACGAUUGGUAUCGUGCCCGAGCGAAAACAAUCUACAUCGCAUUGCUACCAUUGUAUUAUUGCAACCGAGGACGUGAAGAGGUUGGGGCUGCACGACUUCACACCAAACGAAGCAAUCGAAUUCUGGGGUGGACAAGACAUCAACAAGAUUGUGUUUUCCCCAUGUCGAGAGGGAGAGUUACACUCAUUUUACUGCUUCUUCCCAGCGAGCAUGGCUGGAAACCCAGGCGAAGGGUGGAGCCAUUCCAUCUCCGUCGAAGAGCUCAUGCAACCUUUCUCAACACUGGAUCCAGACCUCCAGGCCUUGUUCAGGAACUCCACAGAUAUCAAGCCAUGGAGACUAUUUGUGCACCAACCUUACCCCCACUGGCAAAAGGGCAAGACAUGCAUCCUCGGAGACGCAGCUCACCCGAUGAUGCCUGAUCAGAGCCAAGGAGCAUGCAUGGCAAUUGAGGAUGCCGGUGCGCUCGGCAUAAUCUUCAGCGAUAGCUACUCGUUUGCUGGCUCGGCGGAGGAUAUCAAGAAAGGUCUGCAGAUCUACGAGCAAGUGCGUAAACCCAGAGCGACCCGGGUGCAGGCAGCCAGUGCGAGGGCGAGAGAGAACAUCAACGAGCGAAUCGGGUUCUCGAGUAACACCGACAAGCCGGGAUACAAGGUCACGAACGAGUCUGAGAAGUUGACGAUCGAGGAGAUGAACCAAUACGAUAUGUAUGCCGAUGUCGCAAGACAGGUUGUUGCUGCUGCUGCUGUGUCUGACAGCUGCUACUUUUCCGACGAGCGGCUUGAUAAAGAACGUUCGAUAACGCCGUCGCCGCAUGGUCCGGCUCGAUCCGUUGGGCCCAAGAGCUCAUCUGUUGCUGCUCCUACAGAUCACGUGAUAUUGGAGGAUCGGUUGAGACUCGUGGAAAGUCAACUCUCGGAGGUGUUGGCGCACCAGAAGACGGUGGAUAGGGGGGCUUCGAUGCGGGUAUCGUCAGAGUCUCCUAGGGCACCGAUUUAUCGUGAUGGUGCUCAGCCGAGCCCACGACAGAUGUGCGACGCGGCACCACUGCCUCCGCGGGAGGUCAUACUCGGUGCCGCAGAGACGUAUCUCCAGUACUGCGACUGCCAACCGCUUCCCCUAUUUCAUCGCUCAUCCUUUAUCUACACCUUAAGAGAUCGCCAGCCUGAAGUUCUCCUCUCAAUCCUCGCUCUAGCCUUGCGUUUCACAGACACUUCAGGUUCUAGCAGUAGCCAAGCGAGGCUUAUCAGUGGCUAUGUCGAGUCUGCAAGAACGAUCAUCUCCAAGAAGAUAUUUGAAGGGCUUGUAGAGCUAUCAACAAUCCAGUCGCUGUGCCUCUUGACACUUGUUGAUUUUGCUGAUGGUCACACAAGGCGUGCAAGCAUACACAGCAGUCAAGCAAUGAGCCUCGCACACAACGCUGGGCUUAUCACAGAAUACCCGCAUGCCCUCCCGGAUCAGGAAAAAGAAGAGCGAAGAAGAUGUUUCUGGAGUCUCUUCCUCCUCAAACGGCUCCACGGAGCCGACUUUAUGGUCCUUGACUUCUCUGCCGAGGACAAUUUUCCUUGGUAUCCCGAGACAACGGGCGAGCCAUCAUCGCUAGGGUGCCAAUCAACUCCAGCUGCUCCAAAUCAGAAUGAUGGCCAGGGGCCAGAUAAAGGCAUUGUAGCGUACGCUAUACAGCUGAGCGAAGUCUGGUUCAAGACCACCAGGUACGCUCGCCGGCGCGGAAAGCCCAGCACCCUACCCCCUUGGUCCUCACAGUCAGAGUAUGCCACUAUCCUGGCCCACCAGAUGGACUUUGAAACUCGGAUGCCUUUCAUGCACCGCUUCGCACCCGCAAAAUUCUCCCAGCGUUCUGCCGAACAUUUGAAUUCGACUCGUGAUUAUUGGGGACCGUGGCUGUUCAUCCAGUUCGUCUACCAUACCAACAUCUGCCUCUUGAAUCAUCCGUUGUUGAUAUCUCUUCGGCUGCGAGAUUUCAAAUGUGUCAUUCCGGAGAUCUUCCUUCAGCAUAGCUCUGAUCUCAUCUCGUCCCACGCCUGUUGGAUUAUCUGCUUGAUGGAUAUGCUGGAAGCCAAGUCGUUUAAAAUUACGGACCCUUUCUUGGGCCAUUGCGUUGCGAUCAUUGCCACGAUAUAUCUGCAGGAGAGCUUCUCCGAGGAUCCAGGAACGCGAAGAGAGAAGCGGGAUAACUUUGAUAAGUGCUUGAGAUUCAUUCGUGGGUUUGGUGAGCAAUGGCCGCAUCUUGGGCGCAUAGCCAACAAACUUCAGAAACUAGCGGAGACGGUCUCAUCGACUUACGUCGCCAGCGAAGAGCCCACUCGCCAAAACCGAAAACUUUUGAUAGACCUGGGACAGUUUUUCGAAGUCUUGGAGUACUCGUGCUCCAGCGAGGUGCCCGGCUCUGCCAGGCAGCUCUUCGGCUCAUCAUUGCAUCCCAGCUUCGGCGAUUCCAGAACGGAGAUGGCACAAACCUCAGUGCUGCCCCAGCCCACGAGGGUCGAAAGACAAGAGUUUGGAAACCUGACACCGAACAUGACCCACGUCGCUGAUCCUCUUGACAACCCAAAUGUUGUGGCCAACGCACCGCUGUCAGCUGCGACAGCUCCUCUGGUGUAUUCGGACAAUGAGCUAGCCGUGCUGGCCGAGAGCUUCUUUCACCCAAGAAAUGAUUACGACGGAAACGCGAAUUGGUGGCACUCGAUGAACAUGAAUGCCUUGCGAAGAUCCGAGUCCGAUGUCUAA